GAAAGAUGGCGGAUCAAAUCCCUCUGCACCCGGUACCGCGCAGCACCCAACGGAGGGCGGCUUAUUACACCAAAGCCUCGGCCUCACAGAGGCAUAACAGAUACCCAAUAGAAGAUGAGCCCUCUCACUUGGAUGAAAUGCCUCUAAUGAUGUCAGAAGAAGGCUUUGAAAAUGAUGAAAGUGAUUACCAUACAUUACCAAGAGCCAGGAUUUCUCAAAGAAAAAGAGGUUUAGAAUGGUUCAUCUGUGGUGGCUGGAAAUUUCUUUGCACCAGUUGCUGUGAUUGGCUGAUAAACAUUUGCCGGAGGAAAAAAGAACUUAAGGCACGCACAGUAUGGCUUGGAUGUCCUGAAAAAUGUGAAGAAAAGUAUCCAAGAAAUGCUAUAAAAAACCAAAAAUACAAUGUCUUUACAUUUAUACCUGGGGUUUUAUAUGAACAAUUCAAGUUUUUCUUGAACCUUUAUUUUCUGGUAGUCUCCUGCUCACAGUUUGUACCGGCACUGAAAAUAGGCUACCUCUACACCUAUUGGGCUCCUCUGGGAUUUGUUUUGGCUGUCACCAUUCUGCGGGAAGCAGUUGAUGAAUUUCGUCGUUAUAAGCGAGACAAGGAAAUGAAUUCUCAAUUAUAUAGCAAACUUACAGUACGAGGUAAAGUGCAAGUUAAAAGCUCAGACAUUCAAGUUGGAGACCUCAUCAUAGUGGAAAAGAAUCAACGAAUUCCAUCUGAUAUGGUAUUUCUAAGAACUUCAGAAAAAACAGGUUCCUGUUUUAUUCGAACUGAUCAACUGGAUGGAGAGACAGACUGGAAACUAAAAGUUGCUGUUAGUUGCACACAGAGAUUACCAGCUUUAGGGGACCUGUUUUCAAUCAAUGCGUAUGUUUAUGCUCAAAAGCCUCAAAUGGAUAUUCACAGCUUUGAAGGUACCUUUACACGGGAAGACAGUGAUCCAACUGUUCAUGAAAGCCUUAGCAUAGAAAAUACACUAUGGGCAAGCACUGUUGUUGCAUCAGGAACAGUAAUUGGUGUUGUUAUUUACACUGGAAAAGAGACUCGAAGUGUAAUGAACACAUCAAAUCCAAAGAAUAAGGUUGGUUUGCUGGAUCUUGAACUGAAUCAACUGACCAAAGCACUGUUCUUGGCUUUAGUUGCACUUUCAGUUGUUAUGGUAACCUUGCAAGGAUUUGUGGGACCAUGGUACCGCAAUCUUUUUCGGUUUCUUCUCCUUUUUUCUUAUAUAAUCCCAAUCAGUUUACGUGUAAAUCUAGAUAUGGGCAAAGCAGCAUAUGGUUGGAUGAUUAUGAAGGAUGAUAAUAUACCUGGAACAGUUGUCAGGACAAGUACCAUACCUGAAGAACUGGGACGCCUUGUAUAUCUACUAACAGAUAAAACAGGUACACUGACCCAGAAUGAGAUGAUAUUUAAGCGCCUCCACCUAGGUACUGUUUCAUAUGGAACAGACACAAUGGAUGAAAUUCAAAAUCAUAUUAUCAAUUCAUAUUCCCAGAUGCAUACACAGUCUAGUGGAAACAGUACCAGCUCAACACCCUCCAGAAAGAUGCAGUCCUCUGCCCCUAAAGUUCGAAAAACAGUCAGCAAUCGAAUACACGAAGCAGUAAAAGCUAUUGCAUUGUGUCACAAUGUUACGCCCGUGUAUGAAUCCCGAACAGGAGUGACUGGAGAAACAGAAUAUGCAGAGGUAGAUCAGGAUUUCAGUGAUGAAAAUAGAACUUACCAAGCUUCAAGCCCUGAUGAGGUAGCUUUGGUUCAGUGGACAGAAAGUGUUGGUCUUACUUUGGUGAAUAGGGAUUUGACUUCAAUGCAACUGAAAACCCCCAGUGGACAGAUUCUGACAUACUAUAUUCUGCAAAUUUUCCCCUUUACAUCUGAGAGCAAGCGAAUGGGAAUCAUAGUAAGGGAUGAAUCUACAGGUGAAAUCAUGUUUUAUAUGAAAGGUGCAGAUGUUGCAAUGUCCUCCAUUGUUCAGUAUAAUGAUUGGCUAGAAGAGGAGUGUGGUAACAUGGCAAGAGAAGGUCUGCGCACUUUGGUUGUUGCCAAGAAAUCCUUAACAGAAGAACAAUAUCAGGAUUUUGAGAGUCGAUAUAACCAAGCAAAAUUAAGUAUACAUGACAGAACGCUCAAGGUGGCUGCAGUUGUAGAGAGUCUAGAAAGAGAAAUGGAAUUAUUGUGUCUCACUGGAGUUGAAGAUCAAUUACAGGCUGAUGUUAGGCCAACAUUAGAGAUGCUACGAAAUGCUGGAAUAAAGAUAUGGAUGCUAACAGGAGAUAAAUUGGAGACUGCGACUUGUAUUGCAAAAAGUUCCCAUUUAGUGUCUAGGACCCAAGAUAUUCAUAUUUUCAGACCCGUAACCAGCCGUGGAGAAGCUCAUUUGGAAUUAAAUGCAUUCAGAAGGAAACAUGAUUGUGCUUUAGUAAUAUCUGGUGACUCUCUGGAGGUAUGUUUGAAGUACUAUGAACAUGAAUUUGUAGAACUAGCAUGUCAGUGUCCAGCCGUAGUUUGCUGCCGAUGCUCUCCCACCCAAAAAGCUCACAUUGUAAAAUUGUUGCAGCAUCACACAGGAAAGCGUACAUGUGCAAUAGGUGAUGGAGGAAAUGAUGUCAGUAUGAUCCAGGCAGCAGAUUGUGGAAUUGGAAUUGAAGGAAAGGAAGGGAAACAAGCUUCCUUGGCUGCUGAUUUUUCUAUAACACAAUUUAAACACAUUGGUAGACUGCUGAUGGUACAUGGUCGAAACAGUUACAAAAGAUCAGCAGCUCUAGGUCAAUUUGUCAUGCACAGAGGCCUUAUUAUUUCAACUAUGCAGGCUGUAUUUUCAUCUGUCUUCUAUUUUGCAUCUGUUCCUCUAUAUCAGGGUUUCCUAAUGGUGGGGUAUGCAACCAUAUACACUAUGUUUCCAGUCUUCUCUUUAGUGUUGGAUCAAGAUGUAAAACCAGAAAUGGCACUAUUGUAUCCUGAGCUUUACAAAGAUCUUACCAAGGGACGAUCCUUGUCAUUUAAGACCUUCCUCAUCUGGGUUUUAAUCAGUAUUUAUCAAGGUGGCAUUUUGAUGUAUGGAGCCCUUCUGCUUUUUGAAUCUGAAUUUGUCCAUGUUGUUGCCAUUUCCUUCACGGCACUGAUCGUGACUGAACUCUUGAUGGUUGCUCUCACUAUACGCACCUGGCACUGGUUAAUGAUCGUGGCUGAAAUCUUCAGUCUUUGCUGCUAUGUAGCUUCUCUUGCAUUCCUUAAUGAAUAUUUUGGUAUAGGCAGAGUGUCUUUUGGAGCUUUCUUAGAUGUUGCCUUUAUCACAACAGUGACCUUCCUAUGGAAAGUGUCAGCCAUCACUGUAGUAAGCUGUCUUCCACUUUAUAUUCUGAAGUAUUUAAAACGUAAAUUUUCUCCUCCAAAUUAUUUCAAACUUACCUCGUAAAUAUGACGGAACACCUGUGUUUUUCAUCAAUACGACUUUAGCUAGAAAUUGCUUCAAGUGUACUCAUUCUACUUAAGUCCGUGAUAGAUUAAACAAACGAGGAAAAUGAUUACAAGAAAUAUGGAGCAAAACAGAGCACAAAGAAGAUGAAGAAGAUGGAUACUUCUGAUAAGUAUUACAGCAAACUUGAUUGACAUAACUAUCGAGUACAAAAACACUUCAUUUUGUAUGUGGCUUUUUAACAGUUUGAGUUAACAGUGCUUCUGAAUUAUAUAAUUGCUACUGUAAAGGAUUUAUUCCUACUGCACUAUUUUUCUGAACAUGAAUAGAAGACGUUGUUUCCUAUAAACCUAGGCCUUCCCAAUUUCUUUUGUAGAAAUAUUCACUCCUAUGUAAAGUAUAUCAUGCCUAGAAACUGUAAAGGUCAUUGUCUCUACUUGCUGCUAUAUGUAACUCUGAUACAUGCACUAUAUGAAUUAUGUACAGCUGUCUGUGUAGCACAGUAUUUGUUUGGGAUCAGUGGUCCUCUUUUUUAUAUAUUCUCCAUUACUAACUGCAUUAAAGGAAUCUGAAUAGCUGAGGAAUCGACAGCAGCCUUUUAACUGCAAAUGGAGACUGGGUUGCACAAAAUACUAUGAAAAUAAACUUCUGUACAUAAUUACAUUACAUCUACCGUCCUGUACAGACCACUGUAAAAUUAAUGUUCAGCAAAUGUUUUACAGGCUCCCUAUCUGCUUCAUAAUUGUAAAACUGUACUCUAGAAGUGUCAGCACAUUACCAGACCUUUUCCCAUAUAGAGGUUAAUUUUGUAUGAAAAGUUCAGCAACAGUGCAUCUGCAGCCUUCAUUUAUUUUACUGGCAGGAUAUACAAAAGCCAUUUGGAAAUGAUUGGUGGUUAUGCAGUGGCCAUGCCUUAGAGAUCAGGGCCAAACAAUGAAACAGUGAACAACUAUGAAUACAGAAAUUCUCCCAGGACCUGUGCACAGCUCCCCUUCCUGCUGAUACCAAAAGAGGGCUGAUUCACGUGUAUUCCUCCCUGGGGUAGAGGCCAUUUAUUUUGGUUGAUACAAAUGAGGGUCCCCCACACUUCAUGCAACCAUAGGCUGCACCUAGAGCUCUGAACCAGACAAGUAAAAUACACAUUAUAAUCUGUUUACUUAAGGUAACUCAGGUAAAAAAGAAUGACAUGGGCAUAAUAGUGGUAGAAAAUCUAUCAUCUUCCAGAAUAUGAUUUGUGUACUUUUUGAGUUUCUACAAAACAAGAAUAAAGUAAAACGACUCUCCUUGGUCAAAUGUUAUCUUAAUAGUUGUCUAAUCAUAUGUACUGUAAUCUAGAAUACCUUCCUCCCAUGGUAUUAUUUUCUUUUUCAAAAGCUACAUGUACAUAGGAGUUCCAUAUAACCUGGUACUUCUGAAACAUAGAUAUAAAUUAACCAUGUUUCUUUACUGGGCAGUUAAUGACUGUAGUUAUCAAAUCAUUGUUGUUAGCCCGAGUCACAACAAAACUCAUUGUAUUUCAUCUUGUGCAACCAUAAACUUAUACCAUGGUUAAUUUAAAAGGAUGCUAAAUUGAAACACUUCCAGAAAAAGACUGUUGUUGAACUACUUGAGUUCCGAUCUCCUUUGUUUUGAAGAUAUUUAAUAGUUAAUCUUGCUUUUAAAAUGUUUUGAGCCAUUCUUCAUUAUAAAAGCAAUAAAAUUUCCUUUCUACCAAA